AUGGCGGAGAAAGCCUCGUCCAACUAUCCUGGCGUCUCAACAGAGCAGCAAGAGACGGUUCUAUCCAAUGCCUCCCUGGAGCCCUAUGGACCUUCGGGUUUUCGUGGGAUUUUAGUCUCCCAUUAUGUCGCGAUAUGUGCAGCCUUCUCCGCCAUCGGCGGCCUCCUUUUCGGCUACGACCAAGGUGUCAUCUCCGUCACCCUAGUCAUGGAUCAGUUUCUCGAACGGUUCCCGGAAGUCUCGGAUCACGCUGCUGGAUCCGGCUUCAAAAAGGGCCUCAUGACGGCGAUGAUCACAUUGGGUGCCUUUGUCGGUGCCAUGAAUCAGGGGUGGAUCGCCGACAUGAUUUCCCGGAAGCGAUCCAUCAUGGUUGCCGUUGUUGUUUUCACCAUCGGCUCAUCGAUCCAGACUUCGGCUGUCAACUACAACAUGUUAGUGGGUGGUCGCUUUAUCGGAGGCCUGGGUAUCGGCAUGCUUUCCAUGGUGGUCCCCUUAUACAUCUCUGAAAUAUCGCCUCCGGAGAUCCGCGGAUCUCUUCUCGUAUUCGAGCAGCUGUCCAUUGUCUUCGGGAUAGUCAUUUCCUUCUGGAUUACUUUCGGUACAAAGGAAAUCCCAAGCCACUGGGCGUGGCAGCUGCCAUUCCUCAUCCAGAUCCUCCCCGGUCUUCUCCUCGGUUUUGGCGCCGUGUUCCUCCCUUACUCCCCCAGGUGGUUGGCGUCCAAGGGGCGUGAAACUGAGGCCCUAAAUAGCCUGUGCAAGCUUCGCGUCCUCCCAGACACCGACCCGCGGGUUCGUCGUGAAUGGAUGGACAUUAUUGCCGAGGCCCGGUUUCAGACCGCAGUUCUAGCUGAUCGUCACCCCACUCUGGUCAGCAAAGGAGACGUAGUAAGUACCUUGAAGCUCGAAGCAGUGUCUUGGACCGACUGCUUCAAAAAGGGAUGCUUCAAGCGCACGCAAGUUGGAAUUUUCCUGAUGUUCUUCCAACAAUUCGUUGGAAUCAAUGCGUUGAUAUACUAUUCUCCCACCUUGUUUGAGACUAUGGGCCUCGACCACAACAUGCAGCUCAUCAUGUCUGGUGUUCUGAACUGUGUUCAAUUGGUGGGUGUCAUCCCCAGCCUGUGGACCAUGGACCGUUUCGGACGCCGGUGGAUUCUGCUCGUGGGGAGCUUGGGAAUGACGAUUUCUCACACUGCCAUCGCCAUACUCGUUGGCCUCUAUUCGAAUGACUGGCCAAGCCACACUACCCAGGGCUGGGUCAGUGUUGCCUUCUUGCUGCUGUAUAUGCUCGUGUUUGGAGCUACAUGGGGCCCGGUUCCUUGGGCUAUGCCGUCUGAGGUCUUCCCUUCCUCCCUGAGAGCCAAGGGCGUCGCUAUUUCUACGUGCUCUAACUGGAUCAACAACUUCAUCAUCGGUCUCAUAACUCCUCCAAUGGUCCAAGGGACAGGGUUUGGAGCUUACGUGUUUUUCGCCGCUUUUUGUUUGCUUUCCGGAAUCUGGACCUGGUUCUGCGUACCCGAGACCAACGGGAAAACGCUCGAGCAGAUGGACGAGGUGUUUGGUGACCGCACCGGACUUGACGACGUUGCAAAGAAGGAUCGGAUUUUCCGCGACGUCGUGGAUGAGCAAACUCGCUCUUCAGUAACUUUGCCAGCGUAG